AUGUACAGCUUAGCUACCGACUGGCACAAAGCAGCAGGUAGCAAUGAAGGCCCUGCCCGGACUCACAAGUCACGGACCGCACAUCCGACACCGCCAGCCCGGGGCGCGACAGACUCGGAUAGCUUCCAAAUGCGGCCCACCACCAUACCUACUAAAACGGUGCAUCAAGCGAAGCCGGGAGGGCCUGCCAGCAUGUCACCCAGCUGCAGCAACACAAAGCCGCAAACAGCGCCCGGAAGGGCUAUGCCGCCAUACCACAGGAACAUACAGGGAUUCAAGCCCGCAAACCAACAUGGGGAGCAGAGAAACUGCCACACCACCAAGGAAACAUUCCAGCCACCCUCGGUACUGACGGAAGACCGGGAAGCAGCAGUAGAAUCCCUCCAGCCUACUUGA